GAAAGAAAGAAAGAAAGAAUGGAAAGAAAAGAAGCAUGAAAAUGAAAUAUGGAAGAGACACGACGUACAUCGGCACGUGCCGCGCAAGAUCAAUUAGACUCGAGUGAAAAUCGACGAGCCCUGCCACAUUACGAUGACGCCGCCGUUCUGGACACUUUACGGGCAAACAUGGAACAGAGGAGGAGACGGACAGCCAUCAAGCACAAAGACGGUGUAUUCUGGGAUUCUGGGAAAAUGUCCUAUCAUUGUCCUAUAUGUAACGCAGGCUAUACUUAUAAGAAAACGUUGAAGACACAUAUGAAGUACGAUUGCGGAAAGGAGCCGAGAUUUAAGUGUCCUUAUUGUAACAAGAGGGACAAGUGUUCGUCGAACAUUUACAAACACAUCAGAAUGCGACACGACGGGAUGCCUGUGAUCUGGCCAAACGUGAGGACGCAGGCCGGGGUCUCGAAUUACAUCUGUUCAAAAUGCAACGCAGGAUUCCGAAGGAUGUGGGACCUGAUUAGACACAAGUGUGGCCAGAUUCCUAGAUACGCGUGUCCUUAUUGCCAUAAGAAGGACAAUUCAUCCUCGAACGUUUACAGGCACAUCAGACGUUGGCAUCCUAAAUUGCCAGUCGGUGUUUGCCAGAACGUGCCAAGGAAGCGGCGGAAAGUGUAUUCCGUGAACAAGAGCCACUAUUGCCCGCGCUGUAAUCGCGGCUUCACCCUAAAGAAAA